UCGAUUAUUUUAUCUUUAUUCCAUCUUUACAUCAAAUCUUUAAACGAAAGCUACUCUGGUCUGGUCUGGGUCUGAGAUAAAGCUUAAACCAUAGACCUAUGAACCAUACACUUAAAAACGGAACAAUUACCCACUUCACAAGUAAUAACCCAAUGCUCCAUUGCUUGAAUCUUGAGUUUGUCUUGUAAGUUGGAUUGUGGGGUGUGUUUUCUAUAUGGAUUUUGGGGUGGUGGGUUUGAAUGAGUUCGUGGGUUCAGAGGUUACAGCUACUACCACUGGUUUUACUUCUCUUGCUUCAGGUCCUGAGACGAAGCAGAAAUGGUACGGGUCCGGUUUCCUCAAGCAAGAGAGAUCUGGCAACAAUGAGGAUGAUUGGAGGAGUUCAAAGCUUGCCAAGUUUGACGAUUUUUCAGCCUCCAAGGCAAUGUUUCUGAACGAGAGAGGUACUUUACCAAGAUCCAAUACCUCGAUCUUCUAUGACGGACAACAGCAGCAGCAACAAAUGCUGAGCUUUUCUGCUCCCAAAUCAGAAGCUCUCUCAGUGGAUAAGGGCUCUCUAAAUGUCGCAUUCCCUUACUUUCACCUCUCAUCACCCUCUUACAGUAGAAACACAGGCUAUAGCAGUGGAGGAUUUAAUGGUGCAAAUAUGCACGGGGUGAUAGCAGGAGCUAGAGGUCCAUUCACUCCAUCUCAAUGGAUGGAGCUGGAACACCAGGCUUUGAUCUACAAAUACAUAACUUCUAAUGUGCCUAUACCAUCUAAUCUUCUCAUUCCUAUAAGAAAAUCCCUUGAUUCUGCUAAUUUCUCUAUUUUCUCUGGUGGACUCCUCAGACCCAAUACAUUGGGAUGGGGUGCUUUUCAUCUUGGGUUCUCAAAUAACACUGAUCCAGAGCCAGGACGGUGUCGUAGAACAGAUGGAAAGAAAUGGCGGUGUUCAAGAGACGCGGUUGCUGAUCAGAAGUAUUGCGAGCGGCAUAUGAACAGGGGUCGCCAUCGUUCAAGAAAGCCUGUGGAAGGUCAAUCUGGCCAUUCCGCCGCGGCCACUACCACCAAACUGAUGCCUACAGUCUCAUCUUCCUCAGCAUCAGCUGUAGGGCCAACCAGUGGCAGCGGCGAGUCCAUCAGCCUAGCCAUUGCACAACAGCAGUUCAAGAAUUUGCAGCCUGGUAGUGCAUCCAACCUUUCUGCGGCAGCUCCAUUGAACAGGUUGCUUCUGAGUAAAGACACUGUGGGUGAAAGAAUACAUGAUGGACUCACCAUGGCAUCUCUGACCGAUGACCUAAAAUCUAAAGAAAACCCUUUCUUGAUCCUGAAGCAGCAGAUCUCAUAUGAGCAAAACUCGAGAACCGAGUUCGGAGUUGUUUCCUCUGACUCACUGCUUAACCCUUCUCAUAAGAGUUCUACCUUGAUUAAGUGCAGAAAUUUUGGUUCCUCUCAAGAUCUUACCAGUCAUGAAACUGAAACCCAGUAUUCUCUUCGCCAGUUUAUGGAUGAGUGGCCUAAAACCCAGUCUGAUCGUUCAGCCAUUUCCUGGCCUGAGGUUGAUGUUCAAUCAGACAGGACCCAACUUUCCAUAUCAGUACCCAUGGCUGCCUCUGAUUUCAUGUCCUCUACUUCGUCCACCAACAAUGAGAAAGUAACACUAUCACCUCUCAGAUUAUCACGUGAAUUCGAUCCAAUACACAUGGGCUUGGGAGUGGGCAGUGUUAUGCAUGAAUCAUACCAAAGGCAAGCGAAUGGAAUUCCCAUCUCUUGGGAGUCUUCCAUGGGUGGUCCUCUUGGUGAGGUAUUGCAUAGUACCAACAGCAGCGGAGGUGAGUGUAAGAACUCAUCAGCACUUAAUCUCAUGACAGAGGGCUGGGACAAUAACCCUCAGUUAGGAUCAUCUCCGACCGGGGUAUUACAAAAGACUACAUUCGGUUCUCUUUCUAAUAGCAGUGCGGGUAGCAGUCCAAGAGCCGAGAACAACGAGACCAACUAAAGUGCUAGCCUUCGCAAUAAUCUCCGGGGUUCUACCCCUGUUCAGUCUUCCUCCCUGCCUGCUCUAUAAUCUACUCUACCUACAGCUAUGUCACUAGGUUGUGGGAGAAAAUGGAGAAAUGGGGAAGCAUGAAUUUAAGAAUUUUAUAGUUGUCUUAUAUUAUCAUGUUAAUCCUUUUAAUUUUUGUAAUUUGUACUUCUUUGCCAAGAUUUGUUCCUAUAAUUUAGAUAUUAAUCUUUGUUACAAGUAACUAGGAAAGGCUGUCUGUCUAAUAUUGUGAAAGUACGUUUGGGAACAAUUUUUUUUUUGAGCUUUCAUUGUAUGGUAAUGACUUGUGCUGGCAA